AUUAUCUCGAAAGAUAUGGGGAUCGACUUGCGCUCAGAGCAUUUUGCCGUCAAAGAACUGUGACAAACGAAGAGUCGGGUGGAGCCGAGACAGUGAAGUCCUCCCUCAUGCAGAAAUUAAGAGACAGGUUAAGAACUCCUAAUACUGUACAAGGCACCGCUACUGGCCAAAAAAAUGCAGCCAAAAUCACCCGGCGGGUUGAAAUGGGAUGGCUCCACUCUGAGAGUGGAAUGUAUCACCAGGUUAGAACGAGAAAAGGAGGAGGAACACGGAAUCUGUCGGUCCAGAAAUCAGUGACUAUGGGUGAACUGUUGGAGACAGGCAAAUGCUUGUUUUUUUGCAAAUGGGCAUUCAUCAAAAGGACUGAUAGAAGACUUCGAGUUUGACAUUUGUGAUUACAGUCACAGUCCUGUGCCCCGUGAAGUCACGGUGGGCCAGCUGUACGAACAGACUAAACUAAAAAUGCUACGCGUCUACACAGCCACCAAGUCUAACAACAUUCUACUUCUCUCUGAUGAAUCAUCGGACAUGGAGCCAACACAGAAAACGCCGCUGAAAGCUAGGUCUAGGACAAUGAAGACACGAUCCUUGAGGAACAAGACCAGGAGACUCAAUGAAGUGGAUCAUCCAGAAAGCUCCUCUGAUUUAGAUCUAUCUCCAAGUGGCUCAAUGCAGCAAAACCAUGAACAAAGAAGAGAGACAAUCAGCCAGUCAAGAUCUGCAACUCCUGAGAUGGGUAACACAGAGCUCCUGCAUACACAACCUACUGAGGAUGUUGGGAGUCAUACUCAGCAGUCAACAAGAAGGCAUGGAUCUGAAGAUGACUGUUUAACGCCUGUGCCAAGUCAAGAUGCAGACCAGUUGUUAAGUGAUGUCUCAGAUUCCCCUCUUAAUCCUGCCAUUCAACAAUCUCUUGAGGACUCUGAAGUGAAGUUUGGACCCAUUGUUGGUGAUGAUAGUGAUUCUCAAGACACCACACUUCCCUGGAAUCCACAUGACUUGAGCAGCAUGCAGCAUUCCACAUUCAAUGAUGGUCCUGUAUCAUCAAGCUGUCUUCCAGCAUCACCAGAUCCAUUUGACAAAGAAAUCCUUAUUUUGAAAUUAAGACGAGUAAACAUAGUUGAUGAUGUCCUUAAUGUCUUCAUGGAUCCAAAAGUACUGAAUGCUCGUCUAAGAAUGGAGUUUACAAAUGAGAAAGCUAUGGACAGUGAUGGUGUGUCAAGAGAGGCGUACUCCGCAUUCUGGGACCACUUCUUGGACCAGUGUGAGGGGGAAGAUGAACGAGUACCCAGGCUACGACCAGACUAUUCUGAGAAGAAAUGGCAAGCGCUCGGAAGAGUGUGGUUGAAAGGAUACCUGGACCACAAAAUCCUACCAAUCAGAUUGUCACCAGCCUUUGUUCUUGCCUGUUGUAAAGGAGUUAGCUCAGUGGAUGAAGAACUAUUAAUGAUGUCAUUUGCCAGAUUUCUUUCAGAAAAUGAGCGUGUGUCGCUUGAAAAAGCACUACAGGGUACCAUUGAUGAAACUGUUGAGGAGGACUUACUUGAUGUCUUCUCCAGAAUGGGCUCACACUGCCUGCCCCCUAAAAACAAUUUACGGGCUGCUAUUUUAACAAUGGCCCACAAAGCUCUUCUUCAAGAGCCAAAGUUUAUAAUUGACUGUUUCCACUCCAGUGUUCAUAAUGCUAUGCCAACGCUCAUAACCACAGACAACAUAAUGGAGAUAUAUGACUCUAAGAGGCCAACUAACAAGAAAGUGGCCCAGAUGAUAAAACCAUCACUUGAAAGCCUAAAUCCACAAGAGCAGACUGCUCUUAACCACCUGCUACGGUAUGUGAGAAGCAUCGACCAAAGAAAAUUGGAGAUUUUCUUACGCUUCUGCACAGGAUCUACUGUGCUGUGCAAAGACACAAUUGAAGUCAUUUUUAACACAUUGUGUGGUUUAAGUCGCAGGCCUGUAGCACACACAUGUGGAGCAGUUCUUGAGUUACCAUGCACUUACAUCACAUACCCUGAGUUUCGCAAAUAAUUUUUUUCUGGGAACAUGUACAUGAUUCGGGGGCGACCACUGGGCACCCUGUCAUUCUUUGAUGGUCUGAUGACAUGUGCAUCCCACACAUUGAUGGUCUCGUCUAAUUCAUCCUGGAAAAACAGUACAGAGAGAAAGAAAAGUACAUUAAUAUGCAAUUUGUUAUUCUCAUCAUGUGCUCUUUAAUUUAGUUAUGAGAUUACUUCAAAUAAAUUAUGUUAAAUCUUGAGGUUUUUGAUGA